AUGGCAACAAUGAUAAAUCUUUCGAUAGCCGGAAUCUCAAGUGUUAUUGGAUAUUCGGCAUGUAUAACGUUCUUCAUUUUGCAUAAUUAUCCCUCUGGUGUUCUUGGGAUGAUAUCAGGAACUACCGAUGGAUUGACAUGUUUCCUUCACUAUCUACAAUGGAAAGGAAAACUCCGAGAAUGGUAUGAUUCCAGUGAUUUGAUGAAAAUUUGCCAUAUCGGCAUUUCGGUGGCUACCGUAGGUCUAUUGUGUUUGGGAUAUUUCACUACCAUUCAAAUUAUGCUCAAAAUUCCAAUGAUGCCGGUAUCAGGAAGCGCUGUGAUUUCUAUGGUGUGGUCAAUAGUUGCUAUAAGAAGCGGCAUAUUUCUCAUGUAUCACAGCAUCAAAUAUCAAGGUGGAGGAGAAAACUUAUUGGUGGAUAACGAAGACAGUGGGAAUGGUGAAACGGCAUAA